AUGAUUGAUUUUGACACCCCAAUCGAUGAACUCACUAAUGUACAUACAAGCCAAUCACCACCGUCGAAUGUUCACCAUCAGAAUCAACCUCAACAAUUGUUGCUGUCAGAAAUGAAUCCAGAUAAUCCGUUGACCAGUGAGAGUCUGUCAUCGCACGACUCUGAAGAUAGCAAUGGUUUCAUUCGAGUCGACGAACCUUUCAUCGAUCCAUUGCUGUCUGAGUAA